AUGGGUUCAUUUUAUGUAUUGUGUAUCUUAGGUUUAGUACUUAUUAUUGGUAGUAGUGAGGUUGCACAUGGCCAAGACUCCGCAGACGACUACGUGAACGCCCACAACGCAGCAAGAUCAGCAGUAGCACUUGAGGGUUUCAUUAUUCCAAAUAUUCAUUGGAAUGCCACUGCCGCUGAAGCUGCCCAGGAAUAUGUUAAUCAACACAAAGACUGUAAGGUGGAUGUGUCCGAUGGUAAGGGUUAUAUAUUCCCUUUCGGAAAGAAUAUCGCGGUGAGCACGAAGGACAUAAGUGGCGUAGAAGCGGUGAAAUUGUGGGUGGAUGAAAAACCAUAUUAUUUUCACUAUGGAAACUUAUGUUACCGAGAAUGUCGUCAUUAUGUCCAGGUGGUUUGGUCUGCUUCAAAAACUGUUGGAUGUGCUAAAGUGGGAUGUGAUAAUGGAGGCACACUGGUUGCUUGCAUUUAUACACCUCCUGCCAACUUUGCUAGUGAAUCACCAUACUAA